AUGACCAAAGAACGCGAGCGAUACGUGGAACUGAGAAAGAAAUAUAUCCGAGCAGUUGGGAGCGACAAUGGACCUGAGCCAGACCUGGAAGUCAACAACCCACUCAGUCUGGCUGAGGACAGUCCCUGGCAACAGUUCUUUGUCGAUUCGGAGCUACGAAAAAUCAUAAAACAGGACGUAGAGAGAACACUCCCGGACAAUGACUACUUUCGAUCAGAAAAGGUGCAGGAGCAACUGAACGACAUUUUAUUCAUCUACUGCAAGAUCAACCACGACGUUUCUUAUCGCCAGGGGAUGCAUGAAUUGGUGGCCCAUAUUCUUUGGGUAGUUUCCUCUGAGAGUUUGGACGUCAAUGCUGAGCCGGGUGUUUCUUCGGACUCGACAUUGGACGUCAUGAAAAGCGUUUUGGACUCGAGUUAUAUUGAGCACGAUACGUUUGCUCUAUUCUCAAGUUUGAUGCGUCAUGCGAAGCCUUGGUAUGAAUUCAGCGAUGAAAGAACGUCCAGCAGAAGACCCAAGCCUACUUCAGCCAGUCACACCCAGCCCUUUGGCAAGCAAGAAACACCAGAGCCUCCACCAGGAAAGCAGACGCCUGUCAUUGAAUGGUCGAUGAAUAUAUUUCGAUACCUGGAAAGAGUCGACAAUCAGCUAUACCUCCACUUGAAGAGCCUUGACAUCCAGCCGCAGCUAUUUGGAAUCCGCUGGUUCCGGUUGCUCUUUGGAAGAGAGUUUCCUAUGGAUGACGCCUUAAGCCUGUGGGAUGGUAUUUUUGCAAAGGAUCCCAGUCUCAAAAUUUGCAUCUUUAUUGGGUUGGCGAUGCUGCUGAGGAUCCGCGACGAGCUGCUGGAGGAGGAAGAUUUCGCUGUGUGCUUGCACAAGCUGAUGAGAUAUCCGCCCGUCAAGGACGUGCAGCUAUUCAUUCCUCAGGCGGUGACCCUUCAAAAGGACCCAAAUUCUUCCGGAGGUCUUGAGAUCAUCAGGCAGAACAGUGCACUUUCAGGAAAACCGCUUCCACCGCUGCCAUCGCCGGGAUCAGAAGCAGAGCACGGCACGCAAUAUCAGAACCAGUCGCAACAGCAUCCUCGCGACGGAUCGCCCUCGCCAUACUCGCGACAGCAGCAGUAUAGUCAACAGGGUCAGCAGUAUGAUCGGACAAAAAAUCAAAUUCUGGGAUUCUCAAGCAAUGGUGUCCUCAGUCAGCAUCUGCCACCAGCUGCAUUGGACGCAAUAAAGCCUGUCGCGGAGGGGUUUGUGCAUGUAACGAAGAAUGUUUUGGAGAGCAAAGGAGGGGCCGCUUUGAAUAAGGCGAUCCAUGACAUGAAGAAAAAUACUCAGUCAUAUAUCAGGAAAGCCAAUACUCCUACUCCACCACCAUUGGCUGCCAACUUCCCACCUAUGUUUGAUCAAGCGAUCUCAUCCAGUAGCAGGGUGGUUGCGUCAACUCAGCCAGCGCCUGUUACUCACAAGAACCAGAGCAGUAACAACACGGCCAUUGAUCCCGACAAACAAGUCCAGUUACAAUUGGGCCAGAUUGUAGCUAAAGCACUGGUCAUUUUGGAGUCUGAGUACAUCUCGCCAUCAAACAACAACGAUUCCAGCAAAAGCAAGGAGCACAUGUCUAGCAACGGCAAAUCGCCUUCCAAAGCGGCAUCGGCUGCAUUUUCGGGCCUGGAACACGUUCGUGAUAUUCUGCUAGGUCUCUCCAAGGAUCUCGACCCUCUCGUUAUUGAGUCUGGAAUGUUGGAGAAGUCUGGUCAAGUCAGCAGCGAUGCUGGAACUCGGGAUACAACUCAAUCUACAGCAAAACCAGCUCAUUUUGCACCUAAACCAUCGCUGGAUCCACAGAAUGCAGGAACACCGCCGCAGCGGAAACCACCCAAUGCUACGAUAGCGACAACUAAGAGCAAUUCCCCAAGCCCAGUCAGGAUAGGAAGUCCUGUACGGUCCACCCAUGAUGGCACAAAUGAGGGACGAGCACAGUCUCGAGCAUCGAGUCAGACCAGUGAGGUUCAAGGACAUAGCGGUCAUGAAUACGGCGUCGAUAUCCAUACGUCUUCAGUAACGCCUCCAAUCUCUGAGCCGUAUGUGCCCACCCCGGUACCGCGUAUACCCACACCAAAGCCGUUCUCCUUUGACGAUCUCAUCGAGGACACGAAGACGAAGCCAGCAAGAUCGUCAUCACCAUCAUUAUCGGACUCAAGGGGAACAGGUUCAUCUACAUCGACGUCCAAGGUGAAGUCACCGCGAUCCUCGUUAGCAAACUCUCAGUUUAGCUGGAUGCUGAAUGAUGAUGGCGGUAUUAGUUCAGCGACCGGGGCGUCAGCAGUAGGAGGAAUACAUUCUUCGUCAUCGUCGUCCUUAUCGUCCAUAAACAAGCCAGGAGCCGGAUCUGAAGCAGGUGCUGUUGGCGGGGGUGGUUCGGGAUCGCGACCUUCAGUAGAUAUCUUUUUACCCUCAUCUUCAAAGUCGCGCAUGAAGAUUGAUCCUCUUGCAGGCGCCGUUAGCAAACGCAGUGGGUCUGGAUCGUCAGUAACAGAGUCAGGAAUGGUGUCUGUAGCAAGCCAGCAGCUAUCGGAGGAUGAUCCAUUGCGGACCAAAUAA